ACUCAGGACACAUUACAAGUGUGUAUACAAAGGUCAUAUCAAAUUAAACUCUGCACUUAAAGAUUGCUCGUCCAUAAAUAGUACUGCAAACAGACAGACACAUGGUAAAUGUAUGUUAUAAAUACAGACAAAGUACUGACAUUAUUGUAGUUAUGUAGUAUGAAGUGAAAUAAAUGCAUGUGUAAGGCCUUUAUUGCAAGUUAUUGAACACACAUGUCAGCUCAGUGGAGUGAAUUACAAACAAGUGCAGGAUAGGAUAUAUAGUGUCUGAUUUGCAGUUGCACCUAUACUAGAACAACUCAAAAAUACCAGUUAACAAGAACAACUAAACUCACUUUUAGCACACCAGUAUAAAUACUGUUUUAACUGUAUAUUAAAACUGUUUCAAUGCACAGAUAUGAUGAUGACUUGAUGAAACUUCUAUAAUCAGAUGUAUAUACCUACUAAGAAUUACUUUUGUAUACCAGCUACGCUGUACUGCAUUAUGAAGUGUCUUAAUGUAUAGGGAAAUGACAGCACAUAUUGAGGAUAUGGUUAUUACCACAGUUAUCUACCCACAACAAAAUACCUGUUUUACAUAGUUCACUGGAUAAUACUAAACCUCAUUAUGAAUCACAUAGACAGUGAACUGUUUGUAAUAGUACAGAGAUGUGAUGACAUGAUCAGAAAACCUCCACCUUCAAAUGUUAUUCCUACAAGAUAUGAAAACCAUUUUAAUGUAUCAGAAAACCAUGUGGAAACAUCUCCCAACCAGACACAAUCUAAAGAACAAUCACCAUUUCUUAACUUAAAACAUUUUAAAACAUCACCACGAGUUUUGUUAAAUCGCUGUGAUUUAAAGACUUUAAAAUCAGCCCAUGUGUUGUUACGACGAUGUGAUGUGGAAUGUUCAAAAGUAUCUCAGAAGAAUAAUACAAAACUUAGACUAAAAUCACCGUAUAUUAAGUUGAAGCGAUGUAUUGUUAACAAUAGACGAGUAUGUGUACGUUACCACAAUCCAUAUGUACUACUCACAAGAUGUGACAGACGGUUGAAGGACGACAAACUAUACAAUGUGCCAUACAUAAAGCUUAGUAGAUGUGACGGGUGUCACUAUACAAAAAAAAUACAGGGCCCUUUAAAACCAAAACUUCAAAUAUAUUUAACCAGAUGUGACAAUAUCAUAG